UUGUCUUCAUCUUCUUCCUCUCAAACCAACUUCAACAUUCUGCAACUUUCUAGACGAUUCUCCUUCUUCUUUAACAACGACAAUAAGGGCCAUGGAUUCUCACUCUACUCAACACAUACUUCAAUGGCUGCUUCUCUGUUCCUCAUUUCUCCUUCUUCUUCUUCUCAAUUGUCAUCCAAGAAACCCCAAACUUUUUCUUUCUCUAAAAAUCAACCUGUUCGGAAGUCAUUUUCUCUCUUCUCCAAGCCCAUUUCAAGAAAAUAUCUCAAAUUCUCUGUUAAAGAUCAUGAGCCGGCAUAUGGUGAACCCUCUUCAUCCUCUGCUGAGACAAUUUCUGAGAGACCAAAUGAGCCCGCGGAAAAGAUUGAGUCUGUGGUACAAGUGACUGAAACCAAGAAUGAUGAUCUUGAUGAAGAGACAAGUAAACAACAGGAAUCGGAUUGGAAAACUGAUGAGGAUUUUAAGAAAUUUAUGGGUAAUCCUUCAAUUGAAGCUGCUAUAAAGCUUGAAAAGAAGAGAGCUGAGCGAAAACUCAAGGAAUUAAGUACUGAAACUAACAGCAGUAACCCAGUUGUUGGAUUUUUUAAUAAAGCUGCAAUUGAGAUAUUGAAAAGAGAGAAAGAAAGAUUGGAGAAAGUUGAAGAAGCUUUCAAAGCUCUUGAUCUUAACAAGUUAAAGAGCUGUUUUGGGUUCGAUACAUUCUUUGCAACUGAUGUUCGUAGGUUUGGAGACGGUGGGAUUUUUAUUGGUAAUUUGAGGAAACCAAUUGAAGAAGUCAUCCCGAAAUUGGAAAAAAAGCUUUCUGAAGCAGCUGGCAAAGACGUUGUAUUAUGGUUCAUGGAGGAAAAAUCAAAUGACUUAAAAAAGCAGGUUUGUAUGGUACAACCAAAAGCAGAAAUAGACCUUCAGUUUGAAUCCACAAAGUUAAGUACGCCUUGGGGUUAUGUCAGUGCGAUACUACUAUGUGUCACAACUUUUGGGACAAUAGCUUUGAUGAGUGGGUUUUUUCUUAAACCUGAUGCUACGUUCGAUGACUACAUAUCUGAUGUUGUGCCUCUCUUUGGUGGGUUCCUUACCAUCUUGGGAGUUUCUGAGAUUUGUACAAGGAUUACUGCAGCUAGUUAUGGUGUUAAACUGAGCCCUUCAUUUCUUGUUCCCUCAAAUUGGACUGGAUGCUUAGGGGUGAUGAAUAACUAUGAGUCUCUCCUCCCUAAUAAGAAGGCUCUUUUUGAUAUUCCUGUGGCACGGACAGCUAGUGCAUAUUUGACUUCAUUAGCCCUCACACUCAUAGCUUUUGUCACUGAUGGCAGCUUCAAUGGUGGUGAAAAUGCUUUGUUCAUAAGGCCUCAAUUCUUUUACAACAACCCAUUGCUUUCUUUCAUUCAAUAUGCGAUAGGACCUUACUCAGAUGAUCUAGGAAAUGUAUUGCCCAAUGCAGUUGAAGGGGUGGGUGUGCCUGUUGAUCCCCUUGCUUUUGCCGGGCUAUUGGGAAUGGUAGUGACUUCGUUGAACCUUUUACCAUGUGGAAGACUUGAAGGAGGUCGCAUUGCUCAAGCACUUUUUGGAAGGAACGUCGCAACACUUGUAUCUUUUGGAACUUCAUUAUUGUUAGGAAUUGGUGGUCUGAGCGGCAGUGUCCUCUGCUUGGCUUGGGGUUUAUUUGCAACAUUCUUCAGAGGGGGAGAAGAAUUACCUGCUAGAGAUGAGGUUACUCCUUUGGGAGAUGACAGAUACAAUUGGGGUUUUGUUCUAGCAGUCAUCUGUUUCCUCACACUUUUCCCAAAUGGUGGAGGUACAUUCUCAAGCUCAUUUCUUAGUCAGCCAUUCUUCAGGGGAGAUCUAUAAACAUGAAAUUUUGCUUUCAUGUCCUGUGUAAAUUCUUUUGAAUUGUACCUGUGCAUUUCUGUACAUUGUAAAGAUUUUGUUGAAAAAUCUCAGGAAAGUCCUUGAAUACCAUUGCCAUGUGUAUUUGAUGUGUACCCAAGAUUUUGAAUCAACAAUUAAACCAAUUUAGAAA